UUCUUUUUGCCAAUAAGCAUUGAGUAAUGUUGCUGAUAGAAAACAGUUGAACUGCGCAGAGAGUUCAGCUCAGUCGAAGCAGGAGCAAGGAGAGGGCAGAAAGCGGAGAGAUUGCUCUCGGUUUUAUUAUGCUCAUUUCGAACAGUAUUUGCCAAACUAACCGGUCGGACUCAUGGUGAAAAGAAAGAAGACGUCGCCUGCUAGCGAAGACCACGAAAACGGCAUGACCCCGGGCUCCAGGGAGGGCAUCGGUGUCGACGGGCGGACGAAUCCGUCCAGAAAGCCCGAAGGUUGCGACGACGACGACGACGAGGAAGAGGAGGAGGAGGAGGAGGAGGAGAGCGGAGAGCAGGCGAGCGAGGAGCGCAGUACAAAGGGGGACGACGGAGUGGAGAUUCUUAAUCCAUCCGCCGCGGCUCUCAGCCCCGGUUCGGCUCCGGUUCUACCGGCCGGUUCGGCGUCCUCUCCGCCGGGCCGAACCGAAGCCGGCUCGACGCAGCAACCGCAGACCUCGGCGGAGUCCGCCCCUCCGUGUCACGACCAGCAUCAUUUUCUACGGUCGAGCGUCCGACCUCCGAGCAAACGGAUCCGGAAGGAUUCGGUCGGCUCCACCGUCAACGGACACGGCGGGGCGAAAUCGAAAGGGGCAGAGAAUGGCUCUUCCUCCCAGGGAACAGUCGGACAAUCAGGGCCAGUGGUUGGCUCCGCGGGCGGAGUGUCGAAGACCCCCAAGGGCCAGGGGUCUACUGAGAAGGAGGAGCAAGCCGGUAACCAGAAGAGAGCCCGUCGGCAGUGGGAGUCCUGGAGCACAGAGGACAAAAACAGCUUUUUUGAAGGACUCUACGAGCAUGGAAAGGACUUUGAGGCUAUCCAGAACAACAUUGCAAUGAAGUACAAGAAAAGAGGCAAGCCAGCCAACAUGGUGAAGAACAAGGAGCAGGUUCGCCACUUCUACUACCGGACCUGGCACAAGAUCUCUAAACACAUUGACUUUGCGAAUGUGUACUCCAGGGUGCUGAAGAAAUCCUCUCAAGAACUCUACGGCCUCAUCUGCUACGCCGAGCUCCGCAAAAAAGUUGGCGGGUUAAUGGACGAUAAGAACGUGUCGAAGCUGAACGAACUAAUCCAACAAGGGGCCACCACGGUGCGCUCCAAAGGGAGGAACCUGCGGAUCAAAGCACCCAUGUGCCGAGCACUGAAGAAACUUUGCGACCCAGACGGAGUGAGUGACGAGGAGGACCAGAAGCCAGUGCGUCUACCCCUGAAGGUGGCUGUGGAGCUCCAACCACGCAGCAACCACUCCUGGGCCCGCGUCCAGAGUCUAGCCCACAACCCUCGCCUCAGGAUGGUGGUGGAGCUCCACAGGAAAGUCUCCAGCCUCAUUGAUUACCUGAAACAGAAGUGGGCACACCAGGACCAGCGGAUUCUUAAAAGUCUCAUGGAGAGGGAGGCUCUGGAGGUCGGCCCGUCCGCCACUGUCUCUCCCAGCAAAUCCCAGCAGGACGAUCUCUUUCUCUACCCUGCUGAGAGCAGCACUUUGACCACACUGCCUGGUGUGGCACGUGUUGUUCACUCAAAGGCCUCCUGCACAGUACACUGGCUGGAAAAUGGCAAGAACCGGCCGAAUGCCAAGGAGUUGCCCGCCGCUCAGAUUCUGGGCAUUCACACCGCAGCAACACUUCGGGCCGGCCCUAAAUCUGGACGGGGAGGAGGCAGCGCCGCCGCAGGCGCUUCAGUGUCUGCACUGUGUGAUAGUCGUCGAACUGAGCCCCUCAACCCCGAGCCUUCUGGAGACGGCUCUGCAAAGACAGAGAGACCUCCGUCGGUUUCCACCCCUGCUUCCUCUGCGCAGACCGUUACUCCCGGGGAGGAGGGGACGGGGAUAGGACCCCCUAAAGGGGAAAAGAUCUGCCCUGGCGUGAAGGGCAGUAGUGGUUCCGCAGCGACCAAAAGCAUUGAGAAGUCGUGUGGUGUCGCAGAAAGCUCAUCGGAGCCGUGUCAUGAGGAGCGGAGCCCCAGCACCUCCUCCCCAGAGGCCAACCAGACUCCCCCAUCCAAACCUGCAGUCCCCGGCUCGGAGGAGGGAAUGUCGCAGGGCUGCGCCCCAGCAGCCAGGGAGCGGGCUGUGGAACAGAUCCGAGGGGAAGGCUGGAGCUCACGGGACGCCGAGAACGUCACCCUGGCCGAGCUCUACCUGAUGCUCGGGAAGCCGGGCAAGCUGCAGCUGGAGUACGAGUGGCAGCCCAUUGCAGUUCCUCUCAACAGCCCAGAAAACGGACAAGCCCAGCUCAAGCCCAUCAGGACACAACACGUUCUGCGCUGCCUGCUCAAGCUGGUUUCCACCGAGGUCAAUCCCAAACCUUUGGCUGCAGAGCUGUGCUCCACGGCUACAUCGCCACACAAGGCCCAUCAAGAGGAGCAAAGCCAGGCCCUGACGCCCCCCGGGAAGGGCCCCGUAGCCGGUGCUCGCAGCCCCAGCUGUGGCCGGCAGCAGGUCUCUGUCCGAGGAGCCCGGUUACACCUGCCAGCUGCCGGAGUCUCAGGUGGACGCAACCUUCCUCGCUCUCUAAUGGGAGCGGCGGCGAGCAGCGACACGGAGAGCGGCGUGUUUGCGGUUCCCACCACGCUGCCCCCCAACAGCUCGCGGCACAACAGAAUGUUUUCCCCCAACAAGGAAGCAGAGCUCGCCCUCAAGCAGCAGCUCGACUCCAUCAGCAUGAAGUCAGAUCUUUUCCUUUCAAGACAGAGAAAACCUCGAAACAGACAACUCCGGAAACCACUUGUUGUUCAGCGAACACUUCUACCGCGAACCACAGGAGACACUCCUCAGCAUGUCUGCUCCUUCUCCAUCCUCUCCAACUCCUCGGCCACAGGAACUGGAUCUUUCCGGCCAAUCCACACUCGCCUGGGUCCUUCCCCCCGCCCCCUCCUGUCCAAAGCUUCCCCUGCAGCGUCCAGCUCUGCAGCGGCCAGCCAGCUCUCCAGUGCCAUUGACCUGGCUGCUAAGUCUGCAGGAAUCAUCCCUGGCAGUCCCUGUCGGGAGCUGAAUCCACCCACUGCUGCUGAUACCAGCACCCUGCUCCACACCGCACCCACCGAUGCUGAACCGGACGCUCAAUUCCUCCAGCACAACGUCCCGGAGAACGGUCACCCUCCGCUUUCUCCUGGACUGACUGGCGGUGGAGACUCUCUCCUCUCGCCACCCAGCGUGGCCUCGCUGCUGGACAUCUCCCUCCCCGGCCCCCCCGAGGAGGCUCUAGUCCCCGGAGAACCUCAGACGCACAUCAGUGACUCCAUCAUCGAGCUCGCUAUCAACUCUGCCCACUAUGGCGAGGAGGCGGCGCUCUCUCCGGCCAAGCUGAGCAACAGCGACGGCUCCAAGCUGUUGGCCUCGUCGCCCUCGGUCAGCCCCUCCAGAGGCUGGAUCCCGUCGCCCAGCCACGACCCCCAGUGGUACCCCAGCGACUCGUCUGACUCCACGCUGGGGUGUCUCCUCUCCAGCAUGGUGUCUCCUGAUAAGGGCAAGCGGACCACCCUAACCCCGUCUGGCCCCUCCAGCGGCACAGCUCUGCUCGGUCCCAGUCUCCUGGACUGCAACUCCCAUGAUUCCUUUCAGUCCCGUGGCCUUCCUGAUGUGGCAGAGAUGGACUCUCAGCUUGCCUGCAUGAUGAGUGAGAGCAGUGUGGACUACAUCGCUCGCUUCAACGACCUCGCUCAAGAGCUGGCCGUGACCGAGCCCUCCAUCCCACCACCCUGAGGUGGGGGGACCUCGCUCCGACGGCCAUCUGGAGGACGCCAUUUUGUUGGCGAGACCGCCUACACGCCGUCCCUUCCUGCAGUGGAGAAAAGACGCCUCCGCCCCCUUCCCUCCCCGCCUUGUUUGUCAAAGUGCAAUAAUGACAGUGAACCGUGACAUUGUUCAAAGCGAGUUUGCAACUUGUUGGAUUCACUGAACCGUUCUUUAAAGUAAAACGCCCUUUAAAAACAAACACUUUAGUAAAAACAAAUGCGUUUACAAAACACAACCUCAUGUACAGGAAAAUACUAUGCCAUAUUUGAACAAUAAUAUUUUGACUUGAUCUUUUACGUCGCUUCCUGCUCUGAGCGUUCGUCUGUCUUUUUAUUCUCUCGGCUGAACCCCCACAAAAUGUGUGAAUCCGCCACGAUGUGCAGUUCGGAUCCCUUUUAGGCUACAUUCACACUACCACGUUUUGGGUUUUUUUUCCACGUUAACACUUGAGAGUCUGAACCUCAUCGCGUGGCCAUUUCCACACCCGUAUAACCAACGUCAAGCGUUCACUCUCUCGUCCCUCCCUUGGCCAUCGUUGUUCCUCGAAAGAUCUUCUGCAUCUCAACCCACUGCAGCUUGUGCAUAUCCUCUUCUUCCCGUUACUGCUCGUGUGAUGUGUACGUUUGCGAAGGCCGAUGCACACGUGUGGACGGAGGUCAGGUGGAUGUAUUGAGACGCUUGUUUCUGUUAUUGAGGCCUCUAAUUGGAAAGUCGAGUACAACGUGGGCAGGUGAAGCCCUCCCCAUCACAUGAUUGUGGCCCGGAUUCAUUCGUCACGUGAUAGGAACAUGGCCUGCCACGUGUUUGGAAAGAAGAGGUUUGUCAAAUGUUACAUGGAAAAUGGCAGCUUUUUUUUUUUUUUACUUCACUGGAAGUCUGUGCUAGAAUCACAUUUGAGUUGCUUGAUGCUAAUGAUCAUUUAUUAAUGUAUGUCGGGAUGAUGAUAGCGAUGCAAUACUCUUCAGGUUGGUUAUUUGUUUUGGUAUUUUUAAUUUCCUUGUGCAUAUACUUUAGCUCUCUGGCUGGUAUCAAAGAGGCGAUUUGAGCGGUUUCUAGUGGAGAAUUGAACACACACACACACACUCUAAACCCAGAAUAUGACCAACCACAUGUUAAUUUUUAUUGACGGACUGAUUAAGAAUGUCAUGGGAACCAUUCGAGGUUCCUGGCAGUGUAACAUUGCAGUGUCAACUCACACAGAAUGGAAUGACAUUAAACACUAAAGCCAUAGUUUUAAGCAUUUUUGUAGGUAGUGUCGUUUAACCACUACUCAAAUCUGAUUGGUUGUGUUCAAGAGCUUAAUACUCCAUGGGCUUACCAAACACUCCAUGCAGUGAUGUUAGAGGUAAAUGGAGGCUUUUUCCUAUGUAGAGUCACAGCAAACGCACACCUACCAAGUGGAAUUUAGAUUAACCAGCCUCACACAUAUGCAGUAUUGUGAACAACGUAUAGGAGCGCUUCUGUUAGCAUUCCACACCUGGAAUGAUCGAAUAUUCUGUCUGCAAGCACCUUGAGGGCUUUGGCUCUGCAGUGUGAAAGCGCUUCUCAUGGUUAUUCAUUUGUGAGAAGGCUUCAACCUCACAUACAAGACACAAGGAAGAUGAUGCUUAAUAAGAAAUAAACCGCAGGUUUAUCCUUGAAUCGGGCUUGUUUUAGAUUUUAGUUAUUUGUACAAAUGUCAAUAGACUUCCCUGCGCUUUUGUAAGAAGGUAAAUUCUUGUUUGGACUAUUUAUUUUUAACAUUUUGAAAAGUUGUUUUUGUCUAAAUUAAGAAAGAAUGAGAAAGAUGUUUAAAGUUUUCAGUUUGUAAAAUGUGUUUUUAUUCUGUGUAUAAAGAUAGUUAUAAAAACCUG